CAGAAGUAAACUCCGGACAAGAUGCGCAGUUACCUGGCCCUGCCGCUCCUGCUGCUGGGCAUUAGCCUCACUUUGGCCCAGUACCAGUACCAGGCUCCCCAUCAACAAACCCUCGCCCAGCAAUUCGCCGAUGUGGUGGAUGUGGUCGAUCCUGCAGAGGAGCUCCGAGCCAGGCCAGUGAAGAACCGCAACACGUGCACCACCAAGCAGAACUGCUUCUGCGGAACCCCGAAUGUCAAUCGAAUUGUGGGCGGCCAGCAAGUGCGCUCCAACAAGUAUCCCUGGACCGCCCAGCUGGUCAAGGGUCGCCACUACCCCCGUCUCUUCUGCGGCGGCUCCCUGAUCAACGAUCGCUACGUGCUGACCGCCGCCCAUUGUGUGCACGGCAACAAGGAUCAGAUCACCAUCCGCCUGCUCCAGAUCGACAGAUCCUCCCGGGAUCCUGGCAUUGUCCGCAAGGUGGUCCAGACCACCGUCCAUCCCAACUACGAUAACAACCGCAUUGUCAACGAUGUGGCCCUGCUGAAGCUGGAGUCCCCCGUCCCACUGACUGGAAACAUGCGUCCUGUCUGCCUGCCCGAGGCCAAUCACAACUUUGAUGGCAAGACCGCUGUGGUCGCCGGUUGGGGUCUGAUCAAGGAGGGUGGUGUCACCUCCAACUACCUGCAGGAGGUGAAUGUCCCGGUCAUCAGCAACGCCGAGUGCCGCCAGACGCGCUACAAGGACAAGAUCGCCGAGGUGAUGCUCUGCGCAGGAUUGGUGCAGCAGGGUGGCAAGGACGCCUGCCAGGGCGACAGUGGUGGCCCCCUGAUCGUCAACGAGGGUCGCUACAAGCUCGCCGGCGUGGUGUCCUUUGGCUACGGAUGUGCCCAGAAGAACGCCCCGGGUGUCUACGCCAGGGUCAGCAAGUUCUUGGACUGGAUCCAGAAGAACACCGCUGAUGGUUGCUACUGCCAGAGCUAG